AUGAAGUCACGACAGGGCGGCGAUGAGAUCACACUUCACGAUGGUGCGGUGAUGUCACGGAGAUCACGGCAAAACCACAAGGGACAGCCCCCAAAGAUGAGAGGGCAAAUUAAAAAAAAGAAAAAAAAGAAAGAAAAAAGCUAUAUAUAUAUUGAAAAGAGCUGUGACAAAAUGGAGUCUCGACAGGGCACGAUGAAGUCGCGAUUAUGGUGCGAUGGAGUCACGAUAGGGUCUCCGGGAUGUGUCGGCGUCGAUCCGCGCCGGCUCGGAGAGGGCCCCGGCUGGGAUGCAGGGGAGGGCCCGGAGGGGGCUGAGCUCACCAGGCUGCUGCCCCGAGCGGCGAAGUCCUCUCCGAGCGAGCGCGCUGCUCCGGGAGCCUGGGGCUGCUGCUCACGCCGCGCUGUCCACUCCCAGCGCCCGGCGGCUGUAGCCCCGCCCCCAGCGCCCCGCAGCGCUCUGGACCAAUCAGAGGCGUCUUUACUCCGGGCGCUGGCCAAUAGCACGGAGGGGCGCUAA